AUGGGUGUGAGGCGUAGUAUGCCAGUGAACUGUGCCAACAAGGACUGCCUGGGUCUCCGUAAGCGUGUCUGUGGUCUGCAUCAAACCUGGAAGUGGCUGCAUCAGACGCCCGCCCUGCACGAAUACCUCAUCUCGGCCAGCUCCGUGGCUGCAAACACAUCCCGAGCCACUAAGAACGCCACAGUCUAAAGUCCAGAGCGACCAAAGCCAUUUAAAGACCAAAACGAAUACAUAGCGUAGAUAGUAGACC